AUGAUUUAAGAAAAGAGUUUAGAGUUACCCUGUUAAAAGGCUGAGCAUAAAAGUAAUGUAAAGAUGGUAUGCCUAAAUGAAAAUUGUACAGAAUUUAGAUUAUUUUGUAUGAAAUGUGUUUAAAAUAAACAUCAUUAAACUCAUUUAGAAGAUUGGAUUGAUAUUCCUUAAUUUAUAGAAUAAAUAGAAAAGUUUGAAUAAGGUUAUGAAAGUCUUAUGAAUUAAAUGUCUAGAGAUUUAGAUAUUAUUUCGUUUAAUUUUUAAAAUCUGAAAGAGGAAAUAAAAAAAAAAUAUGUAAUUUCUAAUUAGAAUAUUGAAAAACUCAAUUUAUAAGAAAUAAAUGUAGUAAUAGGAUAGAUGAUAAAAUAUGAUGAAUUCAAAGAAGAGUUUGUUAAAAUAAUUUAAGAAUCUGUGUAAAAUUUUAAUUAAUAAAUUCUAAAUCUUUAAAAUAAGUUAAUUGUAUAGUAGAUUAAUUAAACUAAUAUAAAUGAGAUUAAAAAUUGUUAAUCAAGUGAAAAAAAGUAGGUAAUUUAAGAGGAAAAUCGUGUUUUAAGUGAGUAAAAUAGUAAAUCUAAUGAUUAACAAGCUAAAUAAUCAAAAGAGUUGUGUAGUUAGGGUAUUUAAACAUUAAAUUGAGUUAGGUUAAAAAUUAACUGAGAAGUAAAUGUUUAAAGAAGCUAUUGAAUUGUUUAAUCAAUCCUUAGUUUUAAAUUCUACAAAUUUUAGAGCAUAUUAUCUUAAAUGUAUAUUAAUAUUACAUUUUAGCAUAUAGUUUAAGAUUAAUAGAUUAAUUUGAGUAAUCAAUAGUUUGGGCUGAUAAAGCACUUGAAAUAGACCCAAAUCAUAUAAAAACUUUAGAUUGUAAAAGUAAAAAUAUAAGUUGAAAUAAUAGUUUCGAGUUUAUGUAUGCUUGGGAAAUACAAAGAAGCAUUAUAAUAUGUUGAAAAGAUUUUACAAAUAAAUCCUAAUCAUUUGAAUUCUUUGAAUAAUAAAGGUAAUAUGGAAAGUAUAUUUGUUAGCUAAUUGUUUAAGAGAACUUAGACAAUAUCAUUAAUCAAUUGAAUCUGCUGAUAUAGCUUUAGCUUAAGAUCCUUAAAAUAUUAAUACAUUAUUAUGCAAAAGUAAAUUAUAUUCCAUAUAAUUAGUAAAUAGCUUAAUUAUGGUAGGUAAAUUUUAAGAGGCUUUAGAAUGUAUUGAAUUAGCUUUAUCUUAAGGCACAAAUGAUAUUAAAUUGAUAUUUUUAAAAAGUAAAAGUAAUGUAAAUAAGACAAGUUCAAAGUUUAUAUUGUCUUUAGAAACAUGAAGAAGCAAUUUAAUUGACAGAUAAAGCAUUAAGUAUGGAUCCAAAUUAAGUUAAUCUUAUAUGUUUGAAAGGUAAUUAUAUUUAUAAAUCACAGCAAAAAUAUUAUCUGCUUAGAAAAACUCAAAUGAUGCACUUGCAUUAAUUGAUAAAGCACUUGGAACAGAUUAAGAAAAUAUAAUUGUAUUAGAUAGUAAAAGUAUUUAUUAUAAUUAUAUAAUUUUUAGUUUAAAUACUAUUUUAACUUGGAAAUUAUCGUAAGGUAAUAAAAUUAGCUGGUUAAUUGUUAAAAAAGCAUCCUAAACAUGUAAAUGCAUUGUAUUUUAAAAGUAUUAUUAAUUUUAUUAUAAGCGAUGAGUUUAUUUAUGCGUAAAAAAUAUGAGAAAGCAGUAAGUUAUGCUGAUAAAGUAUUAAGCAUAGACCCUAAUCAUUUGAGUACAUUAAAUUAUAAAGGUAAAUUUAUAAUAACAUUCAAGCAAAUAGUUUAAAAUAAUUAGGGAAUCAUAAGGAGACAUUAAUUUGUAUAGAUAAGUUAUUGGAAAUUGAUCCAAAUAAUUUAGAAAUGUUGAUAUAAAAAAGUAAAUAAUUGAUUAUCAUAUAAAAGCAUAAAGUUUAUAUUUGCUUGAUAAAUUUGAAGAAGCUAUAAAUUGGGCUGAUAAAGUUUUGGCAAUAGAACCAAACCAUUUGGAUACUUUAUAUUGCAAAGGUUAUAAAUUUAUAUUAUAAUUCUAGCUGAUAACUUAAGAUUACUUGGAAAUUACAAAGAAGCAUUGGUUUAUUCGGAUUAAGUAUUAGCUAUAAAUCCUGAUCAUACAAGAUCUUUGCAUUGCAAAGGUAAUAAUAUGUAAAUAUAAUUUUUAGCAAGUUGUUUACGUUUACUUGGUUAGUAUGAUAAUGCUGCUAUUUGGUCUGAAAAAGCUAUAUCUACAGAUCCUAAAUCAAUUAAUUUUUUACGUUAAAAAGGUAUUUAUAAAUGUAAAUUAUAAGCAAAUUAAUUAAAAUAAUCUGAGUAAUAUUAAUAAGCAUUAGAAUUUGUAGAUAAAGCAUUAAUUAUAGAACCAAAACAUAUACCUACUUUGGAUUGCAAACGUAUUUAUUUUUUCAAUUUAGUUUAAUGCUUAUAUUGGUUAGGAAAAAUUGAAGAGUCUAAUAAGUUAACUGAUUAAAUUUUGGAAUUAGAUCCUGAUAAUUUAAACUCUUUAUGUUGUAAAGGUAAUAAUAAAUAAUUAAAUAUAAGCCGAUUGUUUAAAAUAAUUGUAAAAAUAUGAAGAAUCUUUAUUGGUUUGUGAUAAAAUAUUGAAUAUAAAUCCAAAUCAUAUAGGUAUUUUAUCUUGUAAAGGUAUUGGUAAUCCUUUAAUUAGCAUAAUGCUUAUUUAAAAUUGGGUAACAUAAUGAUGCAUUAAAUUUAAUCAAUAAUAUAUUAGAAUAAGAUACAAAUAAUGAACAGUUAUUAAGUUGUAAAGGUAUUUUAAUAAGUUGAAUUUAUUAGUGAGUAUUUUAUUGUCUUUGGGAUAACAUGUAGAAGCUUCUAGGUUAGCUGAUAAAGUAUUAAAUAUUAAUUUUUAAAAUAAAGAAACUCUCAUAUGCAAAUGUAUAUAAAUUUAUUUAUAAUUAAAAGCUUAAUGUUUACAUUUAUGGAAUAAAAAUAAUGAGGCUCUUAUAUGUACUGAUUUGGUUUUAGAAAUUGAUCCUAAUCAUGUUCCAACUUUAUAUAUCAAAGGUAUUUAUACUAUCUAUUUAGCAAAUACAUUAUUUAAACUUGGUCGUUUAAAUGAUGCUUUAGAAUUAACUGAAAAGAUCUUUAAAUUAGAUCCAAAUCAUCAUGAAACUAUGCUUUGCAAAUGUACUUAUAUUUAUUAUUUAGCAAAUUGUUUAAGAUUAUUAGGAUAACAUUAAGAGGCAUUAAACUGUAUUGAAAAAUAUUUAAAAGUUGAUCCUAAUAAUUUUACAGCUAUAGAAUAUAAAGGUAUAUAAACAAUAAUUAAUUAAUUAGCUUAACUCUUACAUUCAUUAGAUAAAUAUGAGGAAUCUAAUAUUUAGUUAGAUAUAAUUUUAUCAGUUGAUCCUAAUAAUAUUAAAUUAUUAAAUUAUCAAGGUAAUAUUAUUUAUCAUUUCUUAGCUGAUAAUUUAAAAGCAUUAGGAUAGUAUAAGUAAUCAAUUGCAAUUGCUGAAAAAGUAUUAGCUUUGGAUUCUAAAUCAGUAAAUGCACUAUAUUGUAAGGGUAAUAUAUUUAAUCUAUAUUAAUAGCUGAUUGUUUAAGGGCUUAAGGGUAAUUUAAUGAUGCUGAUAUUUGGGUUGAUUAUGCUUUAAAUAGUGAUUCGAACCAUGUUAAUUCUUUAGGUUGCAAAGGUAAUUAGAUUUUAUAAUUAGGCGAAAUAUUAAGAAUGUUUAAAAAAUAUGAUUAAGCAUUAUAAAAAUUUAAUCUUGCUUUAAAUAGUAAUCCAAACAAUCAUUUUUCACUUACUCAUAAAGGUUAUAUCAUUAAUUUAUAUAUUUAGGUGCUUGCCUACAAGAAAUUAAAAGAUAUUAAGAGGCAAUCUAAAAUUAUGAUAAAGCUUUGAAAAUUAAGCCUAAUGAUGAUUGGGUUCAAAUUAGAAAAAGUAUUUAUAUUUUAUUAACAUAGAAUAAUGUGAGGAUGCUUUGAAAAAGACAAGUCAAUUCAAACCAAAAUGA